CAUCUGGUACGUACUGAUUUUAACGGUUGUAUGUUCUUAUGGUUGUUAUCUAGAUCAAACGUAACUGCUGUUUUUCUCUGUAAUUACAAAUGGCUGCUACUAUUCCAUCAGUCUCCAGGCUUUCAUCACGAAUAAUACGAGUGUUGUGCUGCAAUCCUGGUCCUAUGACACUGCAGGGAACAAAUACAUACAUAAUUGGAACAGGAGAAAGAAGAAUUUUACUGGAUGCUGGUGAGCAAAAUGAUAUACAGUACAUGAAGAGACUAGAAAAAGUUCUGAAGGAAGAAAAUAUAGAUUUGGAACACAUUAUUGUUACACACUGGCAUCAUGAUCAUAUUGGAGGAGUACAUGAUGUUGUAAGCAGACUGGAUAAUGGCUGCACGGUAUGGAAGUUCAAGUGCAUUGAUCCUCCUGAUUUACCAUUACCAAAUAACAUUCUCCUGAAUUAUCUUAAGGAUGGAGAAGAAAUUAGAACAGAAGGAGCAACACUCAGAGUUAUUCACACUCCUGGCCAUACAAAAGAUCACAUUGUAUUAUCACUAUUAGAAGAAAACUGCUUGUUUAGUGGGGACUGCAUACUGGGUGAAGGCACUGCUGUUUUUGAAGACUUGUAUGACUACAUGAAUUCCUUGCAACGAAUAUUAGAACUGAAACCCACCUGCAUGUAUCCUGGCCAUGGACCAGUGGUGGAGGAUCCGUUGCCAAAAAUUGAGUAUUAUAUUAACCACAGGAAUAAGAGAGAAGAAGAAAUUGUUCGAGUACUGAAAGAAAAAGGUACAAAGAUGUCAGAAAUGGACAUAGUGAAGAUCAUUUAUACUGAUACUCCAAAAAAUCUGCAUACUGCAGCGGCUUCAAAUGUAAAUCAUCAUCUCUACAAGUUGCUGAAGGAAAAGAAGGUGCUUCAGUGCGGCUCUGAGUGGCAAUACAACAAACUAGAGUCCAACCUAUGAACAUCAAUCACCGUACCUUAGUUUCUUGUCAGACUUCCAUAAACAUUUUAUGACAAGCCAGAUAUCACAUAUUUCUUUACUGGAAUUAGAUUUAAAAAUUUGGAGCUUGUACUGGCAUUCAUUUAUCUUAGCAGUGCAGAAAAGCUAUAAUUAUUUUAAACUCAGUGAGUGACUGUAAUCUGAAUUAGAGUGUACAAGCUUUCUUAUUGGUACACUGGGUUGCUAGGAAAGUUUGUGAUAGAGUUAAUGGGAAUAUAGGAAAUAAGAUACUUACAUCUUUCGACAACUGUUGUGAGAAAAUAUUUCUGUCGAAUUUGUAGACAUUAAUGGUACUGGAAACGACGGACGUUUUAAAGCAUGGCAACAUUAUAAUGAUGAAUGGAUAAUCUUUGACGAUAAUCACAUUACAAAAUCUAGAAAAUUUAUCGAUAAAUGUAAAAGUGUCACAUUUUUACUAUUUGAAAUCACAGAAUAAAAAAUGUUACGUCAUUUGUUUAUUCUGCAUUGUUGUAUUGGAAGGACUCUAGAGAAAGCUCUCCAAAAGUAGCGCGUUGCUCUAGUAUAUCAUAUUCUUUGUUACUGUAUGUCAUUAUAUAUAAUACAUUUCUUUAAAAAUCACA